AUGUGUUGCAACUACAGGAACUCCUGUGGCUAUGGCUGUGGAUGUGGCUAUGGCUCAGGCUAUGGCUGUGGCUAUGGCUCCUGUUGUGGCUGUGGCUAUGGCUCGGGCUGUGGCUGUGGCUAUGGCUCGGGCUGUGGCUGUGGCUAUGGCUCGGGCUGUGGCUGUGGCUAUGGCUCAGGAUGUGGUUGUGGUUAUGGCUCCCGUUGUGGCUGGGGCUAUGGCUCAGGAUGUGGCUGUGGCUAUGGCUCAGGAUGGGGCUGUGGCUGUGGCUCAGGAUGGGGCUGUGGAAAAGGCUCCUGCUGUGGCUGUGGAUAUGGCUAUGGCUCUGGCUGCUGGGGCUACCGGCCAUUUUGCUACAGAAGAUGUUAUUCUUCUUGCUGCUAG